CCUGCGUGAAAGUAGGAACGGUGGAGGAGUUUCGCUAUUCUGCUACUGUAAAAUCUUAGCGUAGUGAAUCUCUAGGAGAGAUACAGGGCAAUAACGGAGCCGAAUUCACGAGCGUUCCCCGAUAAUGCUAUUUUGAAAUGAUAGUGACUGAAUAAAGUUUUUCUACAUGAGAUGGACUAUUAGUACAGACAAAAGUUUUUAUUUGCCUAGGCUUUGAAGAGUUUGCGAGCAGCUACCUAACUAGCUAUGCUAACGUUAGCUAGCGAGCUAGAUACAACUGUAAACAUGGUUUAAAUUGGUUGCUCACUUGACGUUAUAUUGUAGUAAUUUUAAUUUAGUAUGAAUUAUUAUUUUAUGAAUGUGUGUCUGUCGUAGCUAAUAACGUAUUUAGGAUACAUUUAUGCUUGGAUUUAAACAGCCGCAGUGUGUACACAAAUCAAACAACUGCAGCAGAGCAGAUGAUGGAGGAGCUGUGGAGACGUGGCAUGCCCCUGUCAGAUCGAAUGGAAAAUGACUCCCCAGCCGAUAUGGCCCCAGGGUCCCCGACCACAGCGGCCCCGUUGGGCUCCAACGCCUCCUGGGUGCCAGACACCCCCCUGGUGACCCCUGAGGAACCAUACUUCCUCAUGACCUCCACUGCCCAGACCGUGUCAGGGUUCUUUGUCUGGACAGCCCUGCUAAUAACCUGCCACCAGAUCUACAUGCACCUGCGCUACUACAGCUCUCCCAAUGAGCAGAGGCACAUAGUUCGCAUCCUCUUCAUCGUUCCCAUCUACGCCUUUGACUCGUGGCUCAGCCUCCUCUUCUUCACUAACGAAGAGUACUACGUCUACUUUGACACGGUCCGCGACUGCUACGAAGCGUUUGUGAUCUACAACUUCCUCAGCCUGUGUUAUGAGUACCUUGGAGGGGAGAGCGCCAUCAUGGCUGAGAUCAGAGGAAAGCCCAUUGAGUCCAGCUGUGUGUACGGCACCUGCUGUCUCUGGGGAAGGACUUACUCCAUUGGGUUCCUCCGAUUCUGCAAACAGGCCACUCUACAGUUCUGUGUGGUGAAGCCUUUGAUGGCCAUGAUCACGGUCAUCCUGCAGGCCUUUGGGAAGUACAGAGAUGGAGACUUCAAUGUGGCCAGUGGGUACCUGUAUGUGACCAUCAUCUAUAACUUCUCUGUCAGCCUGUCUCUCUACGCCCUCUUUCUCUUCUACUUCGCCACCCGCAACCUGCUGGUCCCCUACAGCCCCAUGCUCAAGUUCCUCAUGGUCAAGUCUGUCAUCUUCCUCUCUUUCUGGCAGGGUAUGCUGCUGGCCAUCCUGGAGAAGUGUGGAGCCAUCCCUAAAAUCAACUCUCCCGAAGUGUCAGUGGGGGAGGGCACGGUCGCCGCCGGCUACCAGAACUUUAUCAUCUGCAUUGAGAUGUUCUUUGCCGCUGUGGCCCUGCGCCACGCCUUCACCUACAAGGUCUACAUGGACAAGAGGCUGGACUCCUACGGGUCCUUUCCUAUUUAUGGACAGUACGGUCGCUGCGCCCCAAUGAAGAGCAUCUCCAGCAGUCUGAAGGAGACCAUGAACCCCGGAGACAUGGUGCAGGACGCCAUCCACAACUUCUCCCCGGCCUACCAGCAGUACACACAGCAGUCCACCCUUGAGCAGCGUGGAGGGGCGCCGGUGUCUCGCAGCCACAGCAACCUCAGCACCCGCGACAACGAGAAGACCCUGCUGCUCAGCUCCGACGAUGAGUUCUGAGCCCCUCUACACACCGACCGGUGGUACUACUGGGGGGGAGACAGGAGGGGCUUUAUGGACUCUACUAUAGUGCCGUACCAAAUCGACAGGCUUGAGUCCUUUGGCUGAUCCACUUCAUUGCGUACAUGAACAUAGUACUCAUAUUCUCAGUCUUUAUUGACAAUACAAGCAACCUACUACAUAGAGGUCCAUUGCCACAUACCACUGCCAAUAUGGAUCAAUACAGAUACACACACAUACGUGCAUAGACCAUUCCCAGGUGUCUUCAGGCUGUGUGUUAACACUACAAAAGGCCUACCACACAGAGAAACACUCACCAACCUGCAUGCCAUUGACAUCAGUGCCAUUGAAAUAUUGUCAAUUAUACAGCAUCCCCCCUCACCCUCCUGCCAGCUCUGCUUCUUGCUGAAAUGUUGCCAAAUAGAGGGAGAUCCCGCUUAGUCAGCAGGACCCUCUCUAACUUAAGAUUUCAGAGUGACUUGGAUAAGACACUAAGGGACCCUGAAAUCACUGAAUAUUUUGAUGUUUAUUGACCUGAUGGUAUUCUUCUCAUUUUAAACUAAUCUAUUAUGAAGGGAGGUUAUUAUUAUAUGAUGUGUGUUAGUGUGUGUUGGCAGGAACAGGAAGGUACAGUGAGGAUAAUAUAAUUGGGGGGUUUUGGGGGUCAUUUGGGGUGUCUCCCAGGAAUGUUAUGGUUGUUGUUGGUGACGUAUUGAGGGAACAGCUGUUGACAGAGGUUUGGUGCGGAUUUCAGAUUAAAGAGGAAUGGGCUUCUUAGCAGAGCUGGACCCGGCCGCAGCAGACAGGAUUAGAAUCCCGUACUUGGGGCAUUAUGUGCGGCACAGAUCAGGCAUGUUUUACCAUCACGUUGGUCUGAAGGUCAUAUCGCGCCGAACUGUCUCAUCAAAGGAUGUCUAUUGAUAAUGUUUUUUGGACGAAAAUGAAAACGUAUCAGUUUGUCACUUUGACGAGGUUGGAGUAAUAACAUGUUCAACUACUUAAGACAUUGGCUCGAAUCUAUGUUGUGUCUUUAGAUUGAGAAAAAAAAUAAAAUAAUUUCACUGUUCUCAUCUCAAACCUCAGCCUGGUCUGUUUCGCAAGUGUUCCUGGAAGACUUCAAUGUUGCACAUCUGGGUUUAGAAACUCGGUAAAGUUGUCAAGGGUAUGGGGACCAAGCAAUUCUUCCCCCUGGUGGCAAGAGGCAGAGAGAUUUCCAGCCCAGCCUCUGGGAGGAGCUUGUUGAGCAGAAAUAGUUUAUUUGAAUACAUAGCCAAGCCUUGCCUAUGUAUAUCUUCAGCAUUAAUAUAGGUCAGUUAUGCCUGAAUAUACCUGCUUUCUUUAUCAUUGCUGUUUUCUUGUCUUGUUAGGGUUGCUAUGUUGCUGCUCAGUGUCACUAGCCUCAUAGAUUUUUUUCCUUUGAGAGGUCUUUUUGCUGAAUACAACAUACAAACAGAUAAUUUUGAAACGUUUUACUCAUAAAAAAACCCUCUCACUGAACUGUCAUUUCCAAAGCUGCAGUUUUACAGAAAAUGUAAAUAGGAACACUACCCAUAUUUGAAUACCUGAGUGAAGUGCUUUUCUACAGCAGGGGUUCUUAAACAUUUAUCUUGAAACCCAAAUUAGACAUUUUACCGUCCUCCAGUGACUCAAAUCUUCCUCUAACGACCCAAAUUCAGAAGAAAUAGUGUGUUAUUAUAGAUGUAUUCUCAUAACUCACGACCCAUCUCUCACAUGCCCAGGGUCCACUUCGGGUUAAAAAAUCCUGGUCUACAGGGUCCACUAAAUACAGUACUA